UGUCCUUAAGAUCGGCAAAGACCUUUUUCUAUAUAAAGAAAUAGAAAGGGAUCGCAAAUCUUGUUCAUUUGAGCAUUUUUUUGCCCACAACUCUUUGCGGGGUCUUAAGAUAAUUAAAAUCCGAACCAUCAUACGCACACGAAUCCGGUUAUGGAAUCGGAAUUUUUUGGAACUUGACAAUAAUCCGACAUUCCAAAUUAUCUAUCAUAUUUGCAAGUUUGGACGUAGGAUAGAAGUGUUGUAGUUAAGGUUUCCCGGUGCAGGGUUUCCGCCUCAAUCUCGCUCGAAAUAACUGCAAACUAACGUACUAGACUUGAGUGAGUUAUUACGGCCGGUAUGCCAGUUAAAGUUUGGAGACCCAAAAUAGGCGCUAACACGCUCACAAAAUCUAAAUAUGCCGAGAAAAUUUCGCGUCUAAAACUAGAAACAACUAACUGGUUAUGAUAGUUACUUAUAAUCCAGAAGUGACUUACAAUGCACCCGAAUAUUACUUUUCGUUCGAGGAGCGAAAAUAUUGCGAAGAAGUCCGAAAUCGGAAACCCGCAGCAAGCGUCAUGAUCAAUAAUUUUGUUCCUUAUCGACAUAAGCCUUUGCCUUUGCCUGAAAACCAUAUUAUUUGUCUUUUACUUCUCGAUGAAAUAGGUCACACAUUUGUAAGACACUGAAUCAUACUUUGAGUAAUAAUAUAUAAUUUCUACGUUUGAUAACUUUGUAAACAUGUCGGUCAACCGCCUAGGAGGUACCUCGUUACACAAUGAGAAGGUUAUUGGAUAAAGUUUAUUGAUUGAGACUACUAACAAAUAGAAGUUUGUGUGAACAAAGGAAAAACUGUUUGGUUUUGGUAGUACCUAUCGAAUUAUCUGUGUUAAAAUAUUAAUUUACUAAAUGGCUUGAUGGAUAUUUCAUGAUAAUUAUUAAUACCUACCUUAACACGUUAUAAUGACAUUCAGUAAGAGUACGCUACAUAUUUAUGGAAAAAAUCUCUUUGUUCCAGAGUCCCUACUACUAAAGAUAGUUCGAGUGUCAGUCCCUACAUACCGGGUGAGGGGCCAACCUGCCCAAUUUGAAUGUGACUACGAGUUGGGUGAAGACACACUGUACUCAGUCAAAUGGUACAGAGACAAUGAGGAGUUCUACCGGUACAUGCCCAAGUACGACCCCCCGAAGCACGCCUACAAAUUGGAAGGGAUCAAAGUUGACUUACAAAAAUCGGAUGACCGAAGAGUCAUCCUACACCAGGUGACGCUCAAAUCAAGUGGACUGUACCGGUGCGAGGUGUCGGCUGAAGCGCCAAGCUUUGCAUCGGCCGCCGGCGAAGGCAGAAUGGAAGUUAUAUAUUUGCCUCGGGAAGGUCCAAGAAUAACAGGCAACGAACAAGAGAACAGAAAAGGGGACUCUUUAUUCCUGAACUGUACGUCGGGCCGGUCGUACCCCGCGGCGGUGCUCAGCUGGGACAUUGAUGGAGAGAAGGUCUCUGACCCUCUCCUCCUCGUGGAGUAUCCCCCGACACAGCACGCUCACGGCCUGCUGUCCACAGCCCUGGGCCUGCGCGUGCCCAUUGGCCGGACCAUGCAGGUCCGAUGUACUGCGCGCGUGGCUCCAGCGUGGAGGGAAGGCAGCGAAGCCGUCGUGGGGAACAGUCAGCUAGCUGAUAGCAAGGAGGCUAUGUUAUUAGUGAGGAGUUCAGGCGAGGCGUCUGCGCUAAGUGUAAUGCUGUUAACACUUUCCCUCGCCCUCUUCUUCAGAUCCCUAAUGCAAUCAGAAACGUGAUAAAUUAUCUCAACUCUUUUAUGAACAAAACGUGAUUAAGGAACAGGCACAGCUCUCGUUUAUUCCAAAUGUGGGAUAUUCAACAAACUUCUUAGACAUAAUCAUUAAUUUAACCUUUUUGUAACGGUCAUUGAUUUCUCAAAUGUUAUUGUUUAUAUAAUAAUGUACAAUUCCGGUAGCUAGUAAAUACUUUAAUGUUUUAUAGUUAAAUAUUAAAUUAAGUCUUCAAUACAUAUCUCGGUCAUUAUUGCUAGUGUAAAAAAUAUUUUUUUGUUGGUACUUUCUCAAAGUGAAGGGUUAUCUUUAGGUACAAAAUUUAUAUUUUUGCAGCAAAGGCAUUUGGCAAUUGAUUAUAUUUAAAUUUGAUUUGAGAAACUAUCUAUAGAUAAAGUAUAUUGUAAAUAAAAGUUUAGAAUCGCCUUCUUAGAUAAUAUCUACUGAUGUAUAUAAAGUAAUAAUUAGUCGAGAUCUUUUUUAUAAGAAUUAUGAAAAAUAUCGAGAACUUAAACUGCAUACUGGGAACUGUUGACUUAUGUCAAAAUAUUGAUUAUUACUCCUUUGUUUUGAAACUAAACUAGUACUUUGACUGCUUCUAAAUAAUCUUAAUUUUUGUACUAAUGUUUUCUAAUGCCUCAAAGAGUCUUGAAUCACCGCUGUACUAUAUAAAUUAUUGGAUGAUGUAUUAAAUGACGUUGAGGAAGUUUUUGACAGAAGUUUGAGUGAAAUGUUGAACAGUACAUAUCCUGAAUAGCUGAAUAUCACGGAACCAGUUGUACAUACUGACUAGACACAUAAUAUGCUUUCGUUGUUAAUGUGUACUGUAAUUAGUAUUUUACUGGCAUGAUUUUGUUGAAAUAAAGAACGAUUUGUUACGAA